UUAGGCAGCGCCGCCCGUCUGCUCCGAGUCCCUGCUGACGCUCUGCGCUCGCCAUGCGUCCCAGGGCGUCGGGGCCGCUGUGGCCACUGCCAUGGGGGGCCCUGGCCUGGGCCGUGGGCUUUGUGGGCUCCAUGGGCUCGGGGGACCUCUCGCCGGGUGGUGUCUGCUGGCUCCUGCAGGGCCGAGAGGCCACCUGCAGCCUGGUGCUGAGGACUGAUGUGAGCCAGACUGAGUGCUGUGCCUCCGGCAACAUUGACACCGCCUGGUCCAACUUCACUCACCCAGGGAACAAGAUCAGUCUGCUUGGUUUCCUGGGCCUUGUUCACUGUCUCCCAUGCAAAGACUCCUGCGACGGCGUGGAGUGCGGCCCCGGCAAGGUGUGCCGCAUGCUGGGAGGCCGCCCGCGCUGCGAGUGCGCGCCCGACUGCACGGGACUCCCCGCGCGCCUGCAGGUCUGCGGCUCAGACGGCGCCACCUACAACGACGAGUGCGAGCUGCGCGCCGCGCGCUGCCGCGGCCACCCAGACCUGCGCGUCAUGUACCGCGGCCGCUGCCAAAAGUCUUGCGCGCACGUGGUGUGCCCGCGACCCCAGUCGUGCGUGGUGGACCAGACCGGCAGCGCGCAUUGCGUGGUGUGUCGCGCCGCGCCCUGCCCUGCGCCCUCCAGUCCUGGUCAGGAGCUUUGCGGCAACAACAAUGUCACCUACAUGUCCUCGUGCCACCUGCGCCAAGCUACCUGUUUUCUGGGCCGCUCCAUCGGCGUACGCCACCCGGGCAGCUGCGCAGGUGCCCCCAAGGAGCCACCGGAGGCGGAGUCUGAGGAGGAGGAGGAGAACUUCGUGUGAGCCGCUGGCGGCAGGGCCUAGAGCACGAGGCCAUUUUAUUUAUUGCCACAGGAACAGAGUAUAAUUUAUAUCACGGACACUCCUUGAAGCUGCUCUGGGAACCCUUGGGAUCCCCGAGCGCCCUGACGACAUCUUGGAAGGACUGAGAGAAGGAAGCCUAAGAAGGGUCAGUGGCUGAGUCUCCGGGUACUUCCUCUGGAAGCUCCCAGCGUCCAUCCUAGGGACCUGCUGCUGCUGGGGAGGACCCCAUGCUUUCUGCUUCAUUGAGAAUGUCUGUUAAUUAUUGUCAACACCAGGAGCAGCAGGGGGAGAGGGGAACUCCCUUCAGGUGGUACAUGCUGAAGGUCCACUUGCCUGCCCAGGCCUGAAGUGAGAAAGGGGUCUGACCUGGGUGUGUGAAAAUGCACCUCCAUGCACAUUGACGGCCCACUGGACAUAUCUAUAUCAGACAACCCUUCAUGAAGGCCAGGGAAGCUGUACCAUGCCCUCCCAGUCAAGAACUCUUACUUCUCUACCAUCCCCAGUUCCCCCAUACAGCCUGCCAAAGUUCCCAAGAGAUGCUCAGUGUGCCCUCUGUGUAGGGUAUCAUCUGUACCUCCUGACAAAGACCUAAGUUUGGCCAUAUAACUGCCCAGGGUCUCCCCAACCACCAUUCACAUGGGUCACCUGGACAUUGUGCAAUCUCAGAUGUUAGUGAUCAACAUCCACUUCAGAACAGGGUCCUGUCCAGUGGUCCCCAGCCCACUUAGGGACCAUGGACCCCAUCUGACCUGCAGGUCCAAGAUGGGGUGUGAACAUUAGGACUUGCCACAUGUGUGGCAUGCUGAAACCACUCCUAUUGCCCUAUGCCCUGUCCACAGAACUCUCAUUCUCCUGCAUCCAACCCUGGCCAAGAUUUUAGCUCCAGUUUCCCGAUCACCUCUCCUCACCCACCAGCCCAGUUGCAGGUGGUGACCAGCCAGGUGCUGUUCUGAGUCUGUCUCCAAGACUGCUCACCUACUCACCCUCCACUCAGACUGACUGUUGCCUGAAAUCAUUUUUUUUGUGCCUUCCUGGAGACCAAAGUCUCAGACCAGAUAAUGGGGGACCCAGCAGAAGGGAGCCCAGUCCCCCAAGUUUGGGGCAAGGAGUGGGAAAUCUCGCCUGUCCCCCUCCAGCUCCAGGCUGUGCCUUACUUGUGAUACCCAGAGGUGUCCUUGAGUAGGGGCUAUAGAGCUGGAUAAGGCAGCUUCACCCCUGGGGUCCUGCCUCACCAAAGAAAUAAAGACAGAAAAGCCACUAUGGGCAUC